AUGGUGAGAAUAAGCGCAGUUUAUUAUGUUGCUGAUGACGUUCUCAAGUGGAUCAACGUUGUGUUUGACGUUUUGGUGGGACUAGUGCCCUGGGUCGGAGCCUUUUUUGACUUCUUGUUUAAAGCCAACCUCCGCAAUCUUAAUUUGGUAGAACAAUGGCUCUUAUCUAGUGAUUCUUCAGCUCACCAGCACAGAAUAGUACUUAUGCCUAAAGAGAGAUUUCUGCCUAAAAGAUCACCUCCAGAUGCACACAUAGUCAGCGAUAAUCCUCCUAGUCGAACAUACCGACGCGAAUUCAUAGACCUUAAUGAAGACGAAAGAGAUUACGAUGAUUUAGAUUAA